AUGGCACCGCAGCAGAAGAAGCAAGGACACCAACAGCUGCCCGUCCCACCAGCGACCUUCACCACCCGCAAACACAAGAUCCUGGAACAGCUCAGUGUGCCCGACGCAGAGUACACCGACGCCUCGCCCAAGGGGUCCGUGGAUGUCGGCAUCCGCGAGCUGAUUGACGAGCUCAAUGCCCUCGACGGCUUCGUCACGACGAGCAGCUGCGCGGGGCGCGUCAGCGUGUUCCUCGAAGGGCGUAAGGCGGGAGGAGGAGCUGCGGGAACGGAUCAGCGGGCAGCGGCAGCAGCUGCAGUAGCAGUCCCAUCAUCUUCUGAAGACAACCAAGGCGAUGGUACCCCUGCCGCCGCGGUCCUCGAGACGAUAGCUGGACCCGGGGGAAAGGGAGGCGGAGGCACGUGGCUGUUCGUAUCGCAUGAUCCCGUCCCCGGAUCGCACAACAACGACGAGGAUCUGCUGCGCUUGUUUGGUCUCGUGGACGAAGAGGCUGGCAGAGGAGCAGGACAGGAACCUGGACAGGCUGUCGGAGUAUCGGGUCGCUCUCAGUCUGGGCGACGGAAGCGGCUUGUUCACUUCAAAUUCGAGCCCAUGAUCCUCCACGUCCUCACAGCAUCUCUAUCCCACGCCCAGCUCCUCCUCAAAUGCGCCCUCGCAGCAGGCUUCCGCGAAAGCGGCGCCCUGAACCUCCUCCCCACCGCAUCACAAGGCGAAGACGAUGACGAUGCCUCGGCCUCGUCGUCAUCGUCAUCACCCGUGACGCCAAUGGUGGGCGUAAGAACAAUGGGCCUCGCCCUCGAGUCUCUAAUCGGCUACGUCGAUGAAGACGCCACCGAAGGCAGCGCUGGCACCGCACGCCGGCACUGCACCGUCACGCCAGACUACCUCCGCGACCUGCUCUAUAUCGCCAACGAGCGCUUCGUGGAGAACGCCGCCCGCAUCGCGCGGUUCCGCACCGCUCUGCAGGAGGCCGUCGCCGGACCCCCGCCAAAGAUGGGCGAGGGCGGCGCCGCGUGGGAGGACGCUGACGCCAGGAGGGAGCGGAAGAGGGCCGAGGGUCUGCGGCGGAAGGAGGAGGUAUUGGCUGCUAGACUGAAGACGGAGCAGCAGAAAGAGCAGAAGGCUCCGUCAGAGGAACAAGGGCCGAUAGAGCUAUUGACUGAGAUAUGA